AUGAAGCCGAAAUUUUUGAUAAUUUUGGCGAUUCUGGGGGCUACUGCUCUCGGGAAACCGACAAAAGACGCUACCAAAGACGAGAAAAGCCGUGAAGAAGCCAAAGCGGGUAAAAAAGCUGAGGCUAAAGACGUCUGCGACAACUUCGUGCCUCUGGAUUACUGGUUCGAGGCCAAGGCGCUGAAAGGGGCUAGCAAGCCGGGAGCUGCCGCCAAACUACGAGCGAAAACGGCCGGAUGUCCAGUUGGCACAAAACUAGCCUGCCAAUUCAAGCCCGCACAAUGUGUCCUGGAGGAGAAGCCAAAAGCCCGAACCUUCCACGACUGGCAGAAGCAUUGUGAUAAGUUCAAGCUGUCACUUCCCGAAAUUGUGCCCUACGAGAUGGAGAUGACCGGGAAGAUCGUGAAGGAGAUUUAUGGUAACAAAAAGCUGAAGGGGCACGAAUGGAUUUGGCUAAAUGUGAAAGUUGUCGAAAAGGAGUCGGAAGCGAAGGCUCAGUGGCUCACCUCGAUGGAAACGUUCCCACAGGAGCUGACAGAAAUCGAUAAAAUCGAGCACCACCCAAAAUACAAGCCCGGAGAUUGCGUUGCCUAUCACGCCGAGGGUCAUUUUGUGCCCCUGGAUUGUAAGACGAAGCUGGUUUCUGCGUGCUUCAUGCCAUUGAAGACAACAAUGAUACCAAAGGGGAGCAAUGUAUCUCCAAAGCAUCCGCAUCACAAGGAGCACGACCACAAAGGGAAUCCGAAACAUUCCAGGGCGAAGCGCAACAGCGCGGUGGAUGGGAAGCUUUUCAAGGACUUUGAAAAUGAACAUGAACAAGAGGAAGAUGAGGAGAAAAAGCCUCAAAAUUCUGGAAAAACAGAGGAGAAACCGCAACCGGCUCCAAAAGUCGAUCAAAAUGAAGCGGUUUUGAACUCGGAGCAGAAGCCGAAACCGGAAGCAAAGAUGGAAACGAAAACAGAAAAAAACGAUGGUAAAGAAGAAUUAGAGGAGGAAGACGAACCCGUUGGAUUCGGGCUCAAAAAUGUUCCGGAAGUAUUGAGGCCAACAUUUAUCCCGGCUUUUGCGCAAAAUGAAGCAGCGAAAGAUGCAGAAUCAGGAGCUAAAAAUUUAAAGUUUGCCCCCGAUGAGGUGGAUGAGCUCGAAGAAGCAGCAAAAGCGGCCGCUUCUUCGACGCCGCAGAGUUCUCGAUCCCCUGCAGGCUCCACACCGGCUCCGGAGGCCCUGAAAACCAAGCUUCUGAUGACUACAGUCAAGCCUAGAAGCGGGAAAAAUCAGAAUCUCAGAAUGGAAAGACAGGGAGAUGAAAAUCUACCGGAGGAUCAUCAAGAGCGCGCAAUUGCAGGAGUUGGGCCGGAAACAGAACCGGAAAGCUCUCGAGGUCCGCUAAGAUCAUCAGAAGCUCCGGAAGCCUCAAAACCCAAGCUUCCGAUGACCUCCAUGCGGCCUAGCAGCGCCAGAAGCGGAAACCUUAGAAGCAUGGAAAGACCCGGCGAUGAGAGACCCGAGGAACAAGGCGGGAGAGCAAUUUCGGAAGAUGAACCAGAAAGAGGAGCGUCAAGUUCUCGAGUGCCGUUAAGCUCAACAGAAGCUUCGGAAGCUUCAAAGCUCAACCUCCCCAUGACCUCAGUGAAGCCUAGCGGCCUGCGAAGCGGAAACCUUAGAAGUAUGGAAAGACCCGGCGAUGAGAAUUUGCCCGAGGAUUAUGAAGGCAGAAUAAAACCUGAAAACACGGAUGCAUCGGAAAAAUCUUCAAACCCACAAAAACCUCCACAAGAAGGCAAGGACGACGAGAAAGAAGAGGAUGAGGACGUAAAAAAUCUAUUUGGGUUGGACGAUGACGACGUGGCUUCCAACUCUACCGGCGGCUCAAACUCUACCGUAAAUAGGGCUGCUGCGGAAUUCGAGCCCGAACCGAGUCGUGCGCCGAAGCAGCGGAAUGCUAGUUGGGAUGCGAUUGCUUUCGGUCGUGAGAAACAAAUUCCAUCAGCUUCCACUAUACUUUUGUCGACUCCGAAUCAGGUUACAACACCCAGAAAUGAUACCCAGGUCGUCGCGGGACCUCCAGCUUCCCAAAAUCAAUCGGAAACCAAGGAUGACACAUCGCAAAGACCUCUAGCUUUCGGUCCUGUCGGAGGAGCCCGGUUUUUCGACGCAAAAAAUUCGGAUGAAUUGUCAAAAAAAGACGCGACGACGGUCUCGAAGCGCACCGUGGUCAUCUGGGUGACGGGGAUACGAUAUGUGACGAAACCGCGGAGGGGC